AUGGCACCGGUUUACGAGGCUUGGAAAGCAAGUUUGCAGCAUACGAAUCACCCAGGAUUUCAGUCAGCAUGGGAGCGUCCUCCCUUUUACGAAUGUCAUCCUUGGAUAGGACUUAUUAAAUGCCGAAACGUUAGGGACCCGAUUAAGCAUAUAUUUAAUAAGCCUGACACUCUACCAGGGAAAGAUACCGCGUUGCCAUACCUCACAGAGCUCCGAAACCGGCAGCCAAUAGCAAUGUCAAUGGAGAAGUAG